AUGUCCAUCAUUAUACCAGGCGACUCUGUACAGGUCGCAAACUCCGUGGCGCUGGGUCCUGGUGUUGUCUGCACAAGGAACCGCUCCGUCAUCCCAGUAACAGCUGGUAUACUUGAAGAGAACUCCAAAUCCAUCCACGUAGAGUCGAAUGGCCGCCGCUACGUUCCCUCAACCAACGAUUAUGUCAUCGGAACCGUCACAGGGUCGUUUGGUGAUGCCUUUCGUGUGUCACUGUCCGACUUCACGUUCCCUGUGUCUCUGAGUGCCAUGGCCUUCCCUAAUGCUUCAAAGAAAAACAGACCAAACUUGAAGGUUGGCUCUCUCGUAUAUGCCCGUGUGUCCAGUGCAAUCCCAGAGAUCGACGUGGAGAUCGAGUGUUUAGAUCCGACCACUGGCAAAGACGGUGGCUUCGGUCUGCUUGAAGGAGGGUACGUCUUUGACGUCUCGUUGGCCUACGCUAGAACGCUACUGUUCAACCCAAAUUACCCACUGCUGAACCAGCUUGUCAAGAAAUGCCAGUUCGAAAUCGCCAUUGGCCUGAACGGGAAGAUAUGGAUCAAGACGGAUGAUCUCAAACACACACUGGCGGCCGCAAACGCUAUCAAACAGUGCCAACUUGUGCCGUCAUCGGAGUGCUCCAAUGUCAUAAACUCUGCGUUCAAGUCUCUAUCACAAUAA